UGUGCCACGGAGGUGAUCACAAACCUCGUCUUCAAGACCUCAAAGGGUAGAAAGUCUCCAUUGUUUGGUCCAAACUUGCUUGGAAUUACCACCGGUACAAAGUUUGAUAUUGAGGACGGGGGAAAGAAGAUCGUAGGAUUUCAUGGACGAUCGGGUAAUGCUCUCGACGCUCUUGGAGUUUACUUUGUACAUGGCUCUCUAACCCCGUCGUCGUCGCCGCCUGUUUACAAGCUGGAUGCACGAGGAGGUCCAGGGGGGCGUGCAUGGGAUGAUGGAUCUUACGGCGGCGUUAAAACGUUGAGCAUUGGUCAAGAUAAUUCUCGUAUCACUUAUUUAGAGUUCGAGUACGAGAAAGGUGGUAAGUUAGAGACACGUCAACAUGGGGUCAAAGGAAAAACACCAUUGAAGCAGUUUGAGCUUAACCCGUAUGAAUACAUCAAAUCGGUGGAAGCAACCUAUGAUAAGCCGGACAAUUUCCGCAAUAUCGUCAUUACAUCGCUUACGUUCGAAACAUCAAAGGGGACAGCGGUAUUUUGUGGGUCUAAGGUGGGUAAGAAGUUUAAGCUAGAGCAAAAGGGUCGCAGGCUUGUAGGGUUCCAUGGAAAGGACAGUUCAGCUAUUGAUGCUCUUGGAGCAUAUUUUGCACCUCUCCCUACUCCGACUCCUAUGAUUCCAGCCAAGAAACUACUAGCAAUAGGCGGCAACGGAGGAGUUGCAUGGGAUGAUGGUGUCUACGAUGGUGUGAGGAGGAUACUUGUAGGACAAGGAAACGAUGGUGUAGCCUUUGUCAAGUUUGAGUACAAAAAGGGCAAAGACCUUGUACCCGGAGAUGACCAUGGAAAGAAGACAUUACUUGGAGCUGAAGAGUUUGAGCUUGAAGAUGGUGAAUAUCUCAUAUAAAAUGGAUCCCUGAGAGAUAGCUCAUAUGAAUGACUUUGUCCGGUUCUUUUUGAGACUUGGGCAAAAACUCAAUGAAUGGAGUCUGUUUGAUUGAUGUAAUGAGUACUAUUUUGAAUACAUACAAAUCGGCAGCGGCUUUUAGUGUGACUUCAUCGCCCCAUUCGGAGUUCUUGGACAUGUUCUUGACAUACUCGGAGAAGCUCAUGUUAUUAAUAAAUUCUUUGUACAUCUUUGGAUGAGUUUUAAGCUGAUGAGGAAAACAGAGUCAUCAAUCAAUCAA